UUGGACCACAAAUACAAUGAAUUCAAACUGUAUGCUAUUAUGUCUGAACACAAGAAGACAAUUACAGCAAUUGCGUGGAACCCCUCGCAAUCCUGACGUCUUUGCUAGCGCCAGUGCGGACAAUCGUGUUGUUAUAUGGAACGUUGCUGAACAAAGAGUUGUGGCUAACCUUGAGAACACUAAGCAGACGCCCAGUUGCCUAGGUUGGUGUCUUCACGAACGCGAUGCCAUUGCAUUUAUUUACGCCAGGGGGCCGUUGUGUAUCUGGAACUUCAGCCAGGGAGGAGGACUAACCACUCACAAGGAAGCCAGUAAUUUUAUGUCUGAUGUGUGUCAGUUUCGAUGGCAUCACCGAAAAAUUGGGAAGAUGGCGUUUGGACAUGUGGAUGGAAGUCUCUCAAUUUUUACUCCAGGUCAAAAAGUUUACAAGCACACUUUAAGACCGGAGAAUUUAGAAGGAUCAGAUGAAGAAGACCCGGUCGCUGAUCUACAAUGGGACCCCUUGUCUCAUGAUUAUCUGCUAGUAGCCAAUCAACACUUUGGUGUUCGUCUCAUAGAUACCGACUCUAUGUCAGUUAUUAUAACGUUUGUGUUGCCAAGCGCCGCUGCUUCGGUUCACACAGUAGCAUGGAUUUCCACAGCACCAGGCAUGUUUGUUACUGGAGAUACUCACGUUGGCGUGAUGCGAGUAUGGAACGUCUCAAAAAGUACACCGAUUGAAAACAUCAAACUGAAAAAAACUGGUUUCCAUGCAUUGCAUGUGAUCAGUGCAACCAUGCCAAAUAAUAAUACAGACACUCCCACACCGCCAUCUCCACUGCAUACCUCAUCUACGAGUAUGGCACCAUCAGCACCGUCCAAUAACACAGUUACAGCGUCUGGUUAUUCGUUACCACCGGGUCAUGCUGUUUGUACAUUCCUUGAUGGGGGAGGGCAUGUGGAAACUAUAUUUGACUGUAAAUUUAAACCAGAUAGCGCUGAUUUAUUGGCGACAGCAUCAUUUGAUGGGACAAUUAAAGUAUGGGAUGUGAACACAUUGACUGCUGUCUAUACCUCACCAGGCAAUGAAGGAGUUAUCUAUGCACUUUCGUGGGCUCCAG